UGUAACCAUUUGGUUCUAUGUGUAUGUUCUCGAAUAAAUUGUAGAGCUAACUUAACUACUACAACUCGUCAUAUCUCGAACAAAAUGGAGACUCGGUAGUUGCGGAAGAACGAGGAUGCUCAUUCCUCACCUUCUAAGCAGCUUAAUUAGGAGACCCUAGUGACACAUACAAACACCUUGUUAUAAAGGAUACCCUUCUGAACCCUAGGAUGUUGGCUGCCGGAGCUUACUCCGGUCGAUUUUUACCAACGGCAAUCCAAAGCCCGAGCAGCCCUAAAGAGAUUUUGCCAGGCCAGAGUGAAACCAUGUCCUACAAGAUGUCAUAAUAAUCACUUUGAUGAACGCUCUUUCCUGUUUUAUUUCUUUUCUUUCAUCAUAAAUUGAUGGUUACUUUAGAGUGCGAAUAACAGCUCCAACAAUUUAAUACCGAAUGCAUAGGAGCAUUAACAACAAUUUAAGCGACUGAAACUGUCAAACAUUUACUACUUUUACUACUCAAUAAAUAAAUUUGAUCAAAGAAAGGGCAACUGUCUAGAUAUUCUUGUAACUCAAAUGCUGGACACAUUAAUGCUACUGCUAUUAGUAGUUGGAGUUGCUCCAGGCAUCCUUAAUCAAGCCAAGCUCAGUUCUCUGUUGCUGAAAUUUCAAGGCAUCCUUGCUGAAAAAAUUUAACCAUGGCGUCCUCGCCACCUUUCUUAAGGUUUUUAAAGUGGAUGUGUAUCAUCGGUUUGUUUGCCCGUUUGUCACAAGUUCACGUCGUUGCAUUUAACCCGAAAGAACUCCAAGUUAAGAGGGCCGACUUCCCACGCGAUUUUGUGUUUGGAGUGUCCACUGCUGCAGCACAAAUGGAAGGAUCAGCACAAUCAGCAGGAAAAGGACCAAGUGUUUGGGACACGUUUGUAAAGCAAUUCCCAGAAAGAAUCGUGGACCGGUCGAACUUGUCUACUGCCCUGGAUUCAUACAAGCGAUACAAGGAUGACGUGAAGCUUCUCAAGGACACUGGAGUUGACCACUACAGAUUUUCGAUCGCCUGGACAAGGAUUCUGCCCAAGGGAACCUUAAGUGGCGGAAUAAACCAAGAGGGUAUCGAUCACUAUAACAGCCUCAUCGAUGAAUUAAUCAAGAACGGCAUUACACCCUAUGUGACCAUAUUGCACUUUGACUGGCCACAAGCGUUGGAAGACAAGUACGGAGGCCCUUUGAACCGUUCGUUUGUGAAUGAUUUGAAGGAUUACAGUGAAAUUUGUUUUAAAACAUUUGGAGACAGGGUUAAAAAUUGGAUCACGAUCAACGAACCAUAUGUUGUUGCCUUCAUGGGGUAUGAUGUUGGAAUUUCUGCACCAGGCAGGUGUUCUGUAGACUCAUUUUUUAAAUGUACGGCUGGUAAUUCAGCCACUGAACCUUACAUUGUGACCCAUAACCUUCUCCUCGCGCAUGCCACCGUUGUUAAGCUAUACCGAAAGAAGUUCCAAGAAAAACAAGGCGGACAAAUUGGAAUAAGUCUUGUAGGAGUGUAUGUCGAGCCUUUUUCAGACUCGGUGGACGAUAGAGCUGCAGCAAAACGAGGUUUGGACUUCAACCUCGGGUGGUUCAUGGAACCAUUAGUAUACGGAAACUAUCCGAAGAGUAUGAGAGAUUUGGUCAAGGAAAGGCUACCCAAGUUCAGACAGAAGGAAAAGAUAUUGUUAAAGGGGUCUUUUGAUUUUAUUGGCAUCAACUAUUAUACAUCAAGAUAUGGUAAAAACGAUCCAGCAAGUCCAAAGAAACCAACAUGCUACCACAACGAUGCUUUAGCUUCACUGACAGAACAAAGAAAUGGAGUCCUAAUCGGACCUCCGGCUAAUGGGAGUACUUUCAUCUACAUUUAUCCGCAAGGUCUGGAGAAAUUGUUGGAGUUCAUGAAGGAACACUAUCAAAGUCCGAAGAUGUACAUUACAGAAAAUGGAAUUACCGAGCCAAAGGAUGAUAAACGCGGACUUGGUGAAGCGCUCAAGGAUCAACAUAGAAUCGAAAAUACUCUUCGGCAUUUGUACUGGAUCAAUAAGGCAAGAAAGAAUGGUGUGAAUUUGAAAGGAUAUUUCUACUGGAGUUUGUUUGAUGACUUUGAAUGGGGUGAUGGUUAUACCUCAAGAUUCGGGCUUUACUACAUCGAUUACAAAGACAAUCUUAAGCGCAUUCCUAAAGACUCCGCUAAGUGGUUCCCUAAAUUCUUGAAGGGUGAAGCGUAAAGAUACAAUACUAUG